CUUUGUUUCAUAUUGACAUUACUAAGGGCUACUCAAAUCAGCUGUUCACAAUACCACAUUUAGGAUACGAUGAAUCUAAAGAGUUCACGUGUGCUACUUAUGAAGGAGUCGAAAGGGUUGGUCGCAAGCAAAAUAACUCAAUUGGAGAGAAAUUAAGUAAAUUAAUAACGUCGAUAUCAACUGCAACCACAAUGAAGAUAUCUCAACAAACUAAAGAUCCCUAUGUAACUUUUAUAUUUGAAAUGAAUAGCAUUCUUUUCGGAAGAGAAUCCGUUAAAGUUUAUGACGAACGAUUGAGAUCAAAUUUCUCAGCUAUUGAGGACGACUUCCAAAUACAUGCCCCGAAUGGAAAACUAUUUAGGAGUGAGUUAUUUCUAAACAGAAGCGGAGUUCACCUGCCUUUGCCAGAAUACAUGCAUCCAGGCUAUUGUCAGCUGGAAAUAACGGAUGACUACAUGCAAACAGCUGUUAACGCCCUCGCCAUAUUCCUUAACGGUGAUCUCGAUGACAUAGCACGUAUCCCAGGAGAUUACAUUCUACGUUCUGCGAGGACGAUUUCAAUGCUGAUUUUGCCACGCGAGAAACUUGCAAUGACGUGGUUCAUUGUAAAAGGCAAAACACACGCAAUUGACGUUACAUACGAAACCCUGGCUCGGUUUCAUCCACUGUUUAAGUAUGUAGGUGGCAAAGAAAUAGCGCGGCUCAAUCUCAGUGACCCGCGCAUCUUGAACUACAUCGGGACACAUCCGGACCUCGACAGACAUCAGUUCUUCUAUCACAUACGUGCGUGUGACCCCCUACAGCGUCGGUUCUAUCUGGCACUGAUGACUCAAACGCAGGUGUUAGGAAAGUCCUACAGCUGGACUGCACGCGAAGUAGCGCGACUGGGAUUAUUGUUGACUGAAGUAAGGGGACCUGAUCUAGCUGCUAUUAAUCCAAGCGCUAUGGUGGGGCUGUCAAGCCAUAUAAUGUACCAGAUGUCACCACGAAAAUUGCGGUAUUUCACCGAGAAACAAACGAAGUACAUUAGACCAAAAGCCCUUAACAUUUUAGCCAAAAAACUCGAGGAGUACCAAAUCCAACAGCUGCUCUACGGACAAAGUUCUCAAAAUAUUCCUCUUAGGAUAUAUUUUUAUUGUUUAAUUUAUCAAUCUGUAUUUAAACCUUAUUAA